AUGGAAAGCAAUCUUAUAGCAGUGGUAUGUUUACUUGCUUUUAUGGCAAUAUGUUGCACAGUAGAUGCAGCACCUGUUAACAGUUCGUGUCCAUUACCACCAAAACUAGGAUCUACGUAUGAUUAUGAUUGGAAAUCCAAGCCACAUGAAUGGAGUAAUCCAAACGUCAAAACUGCUUCCCUUCAGCUUGCACUCUCCUGGUCACCAACAUAUUGUGCAUCACUUUCAAAAGGAGAGCGAGAUCAACAAUUUCAAUGUAAACCUAGUAAUGAUUUUGGUUUAAUUGUUCAUGGUUUAUGGCCUCAAGCAUCGAGAGCAUCAUCGGUUAAAGAUCAUCCACGUAAUUGUCGAAAUGAAAAACAAUUAAAUGCAACAAUGAUUAAACGAUUCUUUUGUAUGAUGCCCGGUGAAUAUCUCCAACAAUCUGAAUGGGAAAAACAUGGUACAUGUUAUUUUGCAACAGCAACUGAUUAUUUUACAACUGUAGAAAAAUUAUAUAAAUCAUUAAAUAUUCCUGAUAUUCGAGCAAUGAAAAAUCCAACAGCAACAACUAUAAAAGAUUCAUUUCUUAAACUUAAUCCAAAAUUACCUUCAUCAUCUAUAAAAGUAAUAAUGGAAUCAUCACGUUUAAAAGAAAUUGAUAUAUGUUAUGGUCUUAAUCUACAAUUUGCUAAUUGUUAA